CUGGCAACACUGUUGUCUCGUUUUGUUUUGGGUUUUUUGACGUCUACUUAAAAAAUAAUAACAAUAACUAAUUAAUGGCAUCAUUAAAAAUACCGGAACAAAAAGUUAUUCUUUGUGGAGAGUAUGGAGUUGGAAAAAGUUCCAUUUUUCGUAGAUUUACAAAUAAUACCUUUAUAACCUCAACAGACAGAAAAUCUACACUAGGGUUAGAUCAUUUUGACAAAACUUACUAUGUCUCUGACAGAGCUAUAAAGUUGCAGUUAUGGGACACUGGAGGUAUGGAAAGAGUUGCUUCCAUAACGUCAAGUUACUACAAAUUUGCUGAAGCAGCUAUUUUAGUCUUUGCUUUGGAUAAUCCUGCUUCCUUUCAUGUCCUGUCUCAGCAUCUGUUAGAUAUAGUGACAUAUGCAGAAAAUGCCAAAAUAUUUUUAUGUGGAAAUAAAUAUGAUUUAGUGGAUGAUGUACCACAAGUUACUGAUACUGAAAUAGAAGCUUUUUGUGAACAAUGUCAUAAUUUAAUAUCUGGAAUAUAUAAAACAUCUUGUAAAAAUGGACAAGGUCUAGAGGAAAUGUUUAAUGAUAUCGCAUAUCAGUUGGUCAAUUCCAAUAGAUCUAGGUUAGAAUUACAGUCAAUGGAACAACAUGGAUUUAAAAUUACUCAAAGUGAAGAAGAAACAUUGGAAGAUAAUUGUUUGUGUUAGUGUGUUAGAUAUUGACUGUGGCUAAAUAAUUUAUGGAUUAUAUCCGCAGAAAUAUAAUAAAAAAAUUUGUCCACAAAAAUAUUUUUAUAAGUUCACUUCUAAAUUGAUUUAUAUUAAUUUAUACUAA